UUUGUAGUCAGGAUGUGGCACCGUGCAGUCAUACAUCUGCUUUGUGCGUUUGGAUUCUUACACAAAGGUCAAACCUCUCUGGUCCAAUGUCAGCACGAUGUGUUAGCAGCUCUAGGAGACAACACCUACUUGAGCUGUCGUUUGAUGCAGUCUAAAGAUGUCGUGCAAGUCACGUGGCAGAAAAUUAUUCCUGGUGGGACGACGGAUGUCGUUUCUUACAACAAACACUUUGGUCAGAAAGUGAAUCCUGGGUUUCGGGGAAGAGUGGAGUUUAAAUCUGAUGGACUGCAGAACAGCUCCAUAGUGAUCAGAAACGUGACUGACCAGGAUGAAGGAUGCUAUCGCUGUAUGUUUAACAUCUACCCCGAUGGUGCUUUCACUGGAAUAACAUGCCUCCAGCUCUAUGAGCUGCAUGAACCCUUUCUACACGUCAGAGAGUCACUCUCUGCUGAAGAGCUAGUCGUGUCCUGCUCAGCCACAGGUCGACCUGCUCCCACGGUAACGCUGACUGUCCCCCACCACAACUCCACCAGCGUCACCAACACCAAUGGAACAGUCACCGUCACCACUACAGCUGUGCUGUCUCGUCUCCAUGACAACAGCCACCGGGUUGGAUGUGCAGCGCGAGUGCUCUCCGGUCGUCAGAUAGAUGUGUAUGAGAUGAUUCCUGAGGUCACACUGUCGCUUCCUGAUGGUUUAGAUGUUGAAUCUGGAUCUGAUAACAGUGACUUCAUUGUUCCUUUGAUCAUUGGUUUGGUCGUCAUAGCGAUCUGUGUUGCUGCUGCUGCUGUCUUUGCUUUUUAUCUUAAACGGAAACUUCAGAUUUGUGAGCCACAAAGGGACCCCGAGGACAACAAUAGAGACACUAAUGAGCCUGUAACACCUUUGAUGGAUCCAGAACUACGACAACGGACCUCUACUGAAAAACAUGAAAAACGUGACAAAGCAGAACCGUCUGUGCGGUUUAAAAGAAACCCAGAAGACUGAGGGCCUGAAGAAGAAAACACUGAUGAAGACUCUCAAUAUCCUCAUUAAGCACUAAAUAACAUAAAAGACUCUCUUGAAUCGGGUCAUGGAAAAUAAUUCCAGCAUAAAGUAGUUUGGACUCUUGUUAUUAUUAUUAUCUGUAAAUCUGCUGCAACCGCAUUCAUUUUUUGUACUGUGUGUAAUGUGUAUUGACUUUUUUUAUACUUUUAUA